UCGCAGCAUAUAAGUACAUCAGGAGGAAUUUUUAAACGACCUUAUUGUCUCUAGCUCUAGAAAGACCACGACGAUUUCUCUUUAGCGCCAGCAGCUGUUUUCUUUCGAAACUUUGCUUUUUUUGCCUCUCACACGAGCGAGCAGGAGAAAGGCAAGGCUGGGAGAUCCAGAUGCGAGGAGAGGGAAGGAGAACUCUGCGGAUGGUCUGAGCUGUGCCGAGGCAUUGUUCACUGCUGCCUCUCGGUUACGUUUAAAGGCUGAAAUAUCACGAGAUCCACUCAAUGAUCCUUUUCUAAUUCGAGGGACAAAAUGUAAUUUGCUGUAGCUCUGCUUUCUCGGAUGGGAAUACUAUCCCUAGGUUUCAGAGGGAAGAACUAGGCAUCGCCGUUCGCACACACAUGGAUUAAGUUGAACAGCGGCGAUUACAUCUGCGCUGAGAGCAACAGUAGUCCAGGGCUGACUUUUCAAAUCUCAGCCCUCCGAGUUGGAGGCUCCCUUGAAUAGACUUCCUCCAUUCCCGGAUGCACUUCUCCAAAUUCCCACUUCUCUCUCGAAUUCCUGGGAAAUUGGGGGCUUGCCUGCAUUUCGCCUUGUCAUGCAAAACGGCGUUUUCACAGAGUGAUUAUGCGCUUUCUUUUAGCUGUACCUGACGGGGUAACACGAACUCCACGCACCAUAUUGCCAACACGCGGAGUGGAUAUUGACGUUUGCGAUUGAAGAUUUUUUUUUUCCUCCGUCGAUUUUUUUGCCAAGUCACAGCAGUAUGAGAUGUCUCAUUAAUCUCGCGGAUGUGUCUAAUUCUGGAUGUGCAGUGAUACAUAAAAGUGCUGGUGUUUGUAUCCAGCGGAACACUGGAUGCACGGCAGAGAUUGGUGAUUUUUUUUUUUUUCGCAGCGCCUAACGUGCAAACCGCAAGCAUCACUUUAACGUGACAAGGGAGAGGCAUGCAGCUAUCGCAACAUUUGCGAGAUCCUCGUUCUUGACACUCGAAUAAUUUAACGUUCCUAAGAAGAGGUUAAACCUUCAUGCUGCUUCUUCAAAUUGAUUUUAAGGGGCUGCUAUAAAUGGAGCAUCAAAAAUCUUCGGCAGUGCUACUCCGAGCGGAAUAUGCAAACUGCGAGCCAGAAGCAUCCUAGCCCGAUGUAAUAUCGUACAUUGUGUGUUCCAGCACUUUUUUUGUUAUUACGUAAAGGCUCCUGGAAACACCUUGGAUAUUUUACAUUCUCCUUUCUCUGCUGGAAGCAAUCAGCACGCAGGAAUCCUGACGUGGGCUCUGGGACUAUAGGACAUUCCAGCUCGUGAUCCAGCACGGUUAAUCGUGAAAAGUGUAUACAUUUCUGGCUUAUCUAUGCUUUGUUAUGGGUCUGACGUGAGCUCACGUCCUCCUCCCCCCUCCUGCAAUAUUACUGGCAGAAUUUCAGUUAAAAGUGUUAUAGUAUCACGGUGCGGGAACCCGUGAUAUUCAGACAGCAAAAAUAACCUUAGUACCCGGCUAUAAAAAGCUAAUUAAGCAGAAGAGGAAAAUCAAGAGAAACUCGAAAAUGUAAGUACUCCCUCUCGUUAACAACCGAACAUUUAACUUUGGAGCCUCAGAAGGGGAAAUACCAAGCUGUUCUGCACGUUUUCGCUAAGCUUCAUUUUCCACACAAUGCAGAAUAAAACGCUAGUUUAAAGCGGCUACGUUACCGAAGGAUUUUCCAUCGCUACGAUCAGACUUAUGUCCUUUAAAUUCACGGCAUGCACAAAAGAGCAACGUUUGUCCAAAACAGGCUGAAAAUAUACGGAACGAUAUGGGGGAAAAGCAUACAAAUCCUUCCUCCGAAGCUAGCGACGAGGAAGUCUGAGAGGGCUGAGUGUGUUUGAGCUCGGAUUGUUUAAUAGAAAGAUUUAUAUACUAACUGUAUUAUUUACUUUGGGAGGGGAGGUGGCAGUAUAAGGGUAUGCUAAUUAGUGGGAGAUUUUUUGGGGGAAGGGGUGGAAUAUCAAUUUUUAUUGCAUCACCUGUCAGGAGUGUCCAAUCAGCGUUGGCUUUAGGGGAAUUAAUUGAUGAAGGUGUCUCCGGACGAGCUCACUUCACUCUGUCAUUUUAUUUGUAGCUAAAGCAGCGGCGGGAAUAGCAGCUGCAUUUCUUUUCUCUUCCUCCCUUCACAUUCCAUUAUCAUAGUUUCCAAUGGAAAAGCAGGGAAUGAAAGGGAACAGGUACUGAUCUUCAGCAACAACUUAGAGAAAUACUUUGGCAAACCUGAUUUUUAAGAUUAUAUAUUGAUUGUAGUCUCACAGUAUUUUUUAAUUUAUUUUUUUUUAAUUUUGUCUAAAGUUGGGCACUUCAUUCACCAGGAAUAACAGCCUUUGUUAUAUUUUAUUAGCAGGAUGCCUUGAGACAAAUACAGCAUCUGGCUGAGGAUUGUGUGUGUGUGGCUUUUUCUUUUUUUUUCUUUUUUUUUUUUUUUCAUCUCUCUCUCUCUCUGCAAAUGCUGGGAAUAAUUUAAUUCACGAAAUGGGAGACCUGAAGUCGGGUUUUGAAGAGGUGGAUGGCGUGAGGCUCGGCUACCUCAUCAUUAAAGGAAAGCAAAUGUUUGCACUCUCCCAGGUUUUUACAGACCUGCUCAAAAACAUCCCGCGAACUACCGUGCACAAGCGAAUGGAUCAUUUAAAAGUAAAAAAACAUCACUGCGACUUGGAGGAGUUGAGGAAACUCAAAGCCAUCAACUCCAUCGCUUUCCACGCCGCCAAAUGCACCCUGAUCUCCAGAGAGGACGUGGAAGCCCUAUACACAUCCUGCAAAACCGAACGGGUUCUUAAAACGAAACGAAGGAAACUAAGCCGGGCGCUGUCUGCCACCGAUCUCCGGCCGGAGCUCGCUCCCCCCGACCCCUUCUCGGGCUUCUGGAAGGAGAACAAACUUUGGCUGGGUCUGAGCGACUCUCCUCGGCCGCUGCUGCCCGUCCGGAGGAAAGCUCUGCGCCCGGGGGACACAGCCUUGCUACCGGCCGCUCAUCUACCUCACAUUUUUAGUAAAUACACUGGCCACAGCUACCCAGAAAUCGCUCGGGCGCCUUGCAAAUCCCCCGUAAACUAUGAAACGGCGCCGGCGGUGGGCGGCUGCGUGCCCCUGCGCUCCCGUCGCCCGCUCGCCGCCGCGGCGCGGCCCCGGCUCCCGGCCGCCGGUCCCCCGCCCCUGCCCGCCCGCUGCCGCCGCCGCCGCCACGGGGCGGCCGCCGCCGCCGUCACGCUGGGCCCCCCCGGCGGCGCCCGCCGGCCCCUGGCCCUGCCCCGGCCCUGCCGGCCCCGUGGCGCCCCGCGGCUGCCGCUGCCGCUGCCCCGCGGCUUCGGGCCGCCCGCCUUCCCCGAGAGCGGCAGCAGCGACUCGGAGUCCAGCUGCUGCUCGGGCCGCGCCGCCCACGACUCGGACUGCGGCUCCAGCCUCUCCAGCUCCAGCGAGGGCAGCUCGGAGGAGGAGGACGAGGAGGAGGAGGAGGACGAGGAGGGCAGCGGCGCCUCGGACUCUAGCGAGGGCAGCUCGGAGGAGGAGGAGGAGGAGGAAGAGGAGGAGGAAGAGGAGGAGGAGGAGGACAGCACCUCGGACUCCGACUCCAGCUCGGUCUCCAGCCAGGUUUCGGUGCAGAGCAUCCGCUUCAGGCGCACCAGCUUUUGCAGCCCGCCCGGCGUGGUCCACGCCAACUUCUUGUACCAUCUGGCGGCCGCCGCCGCCUCCCGGCCCCCGGCCCCGGCGGAGCCCGGCGGGCUGCCCGCCCUCCGCGGCGCUCCCGGCGGAGUCAAGCCGGAGCUGCCGGAGGAGUGGGGCUGCCCCGGCUGGGCUCCCGCCGCCCCGGCGCUGCGCUGCUCCGGCGGCCUGGGGAGCUGCUUCGCGGAGAUAAGAGAUGAUAGGGUAUCCGAACUCACAUUCCCACACUCUGAAUUUUCCAAUAAUGCCAAGAGUACUGACCUAACAAUUAACUGUGUUGCAAAGGGGGCCUCUUCACCUAGCCCAAAGACAAACAAUGCAUUUCCACAACAAAGAAUACUCAGAGAGGCAAGGAAAUGCCUUCAAGCAACUACUACACACCGUGCAGAUAACAAUACAAUAGCUGCUAGGUUCUUAAAUAAUGAUUCUUCAUCAGCGGCAGCAAAUUCAGAGAAAGAUUCCAAAAUCCCUCAUUGUAUUGAAUUUGCCACGGAUUUGCCCUCUUUACAAACUGAUCCUGCGGAGGAUGCUGCUUCUCCAGGGGCAGCAGCAGCAGCUGAGCUCCAGUGCACUGAUACAGGCAAUAAGGCAUUGCCAUUCCUGCACAGCAUUAAAAUCAAAAUAGAGGACAGCAGUGCGAACGACGAGUAUGAGCCUGAUCUUACAACACAUAAGCUAAAGUGUGAGUGCAAUGAUACUAAGGAUGAGUUUUACGGUGUGACUGAGAGUAAUAACCAGGACGCUUUAUUAACAGCCAAGGAAGAUUCUGCAUGCACUGAGAAAGAAACCACUUCCUUAAACCCACUGACUCAGAGUCAGGUCCUCUCAUGCACUUUAGGUACUCCAAAACCUGAGGAUGGGGAGUAUAAAUUUGGAGCAAGGGUGAGAAAAAAUUACAGGACACUGGUUUUGGGAAAGCGACCUGUACUGCAGACUCCUCCAGUCAAACCAAAUUUGAAAUCAGCUCGAAGCCCACGUCCUACAGGUAAAAUUGAGACACAUGAAGGAACACUGGAUGAUUUUACAGUUAACAAUAGACGCAAAAGGGUAGCCAGCAAUGUAGCAUCAGCAGUGAAAAGGCCAUUUAAUUUCAUGGCAAAUUUUCCCUGUCCACCAUCACUAAUUAUUGGCAAUGAUGGGGAUUUGUUGCCAGCUUAUUCCUUAAACACCACUAAGGAUUCCCAACCACCUCACAAGGCCCAUCCUGUAUGGAAAUGGCAGCUGGGCGGUUCUGCAAUACCUCUUCCACCUAGCCACAAAUUCAGGAAAUUUAAUUAAUAAAGUAGUUUGGAAAAUA